AAGUGUUCCAACUCGCGAGUGCUGAAAAGUGAAAAACUGCCCAAAAAAAAACUGCGUGUGGAAAACGCUGGGCAGUGCAGCGUUUUCAUUUCGAUUUUCAUGCAAUAUAUUUUUGAUUUCAAUUGCUAAAUAUGCCGAGUGUUUCGAUCGUGUGAGAGUGAAAGUGGGGAAAAGUGCAAAACGAAUUAGCGUAAAAUGUUAUAAACGGCGAACGGGUGAAGUAGACAAACGUUUGUUCUACUUAUCCACAUAACGCGCACACGCACACAAACACUCACAUACAGUGAGACACACACACACACAAAUAGAAAAACACUCGCAAACACACACACGUACACAUACGCGCGUCAACAGCUGCCGCUGCCUGCCUCGCCUGUCACUGUUGGUGGUGUGGUGGUCUGGUCCCCGCAGCACUCAAAAUGUCGGACAUUAACGACGAUUUGCUCAACUAUGAACUAGGUUUGGGCGAUGACAUCGACGAUCAGGCGCUUCUUGGCGCCGACGAGGAUGAGCUGCUGCUCUCCGAUGAAGAACUGGAAAAAGAUGUGACCAGCGAGGUGAAGCUGCAGAUGCGUGCCGAGGCCGAGGAAUGGGCACAGGAGCAGCUGCGCAAGCACAAGGAACAGCUGGCUGCCGCAGCAGCAGCAGCAAGAAUUGCAACGACACAGGAAACGCCAGUUGCCGAGGCAACAACAGCGGCUGCGAAUCGCGAAAAGGAUUCACCCAGCGCCACAGUGGUAGCUGCUGCUGAGACCACAACGGCGGCGAUUGCCAGCGAAUCGACAGCGUCGACACAAGUCACAGAAUUGGCAGCGGCCACUUCUACAACAAGCACAACGGCGGCAACGUCGGCAUCGAGCAGGGGAACAAGCGUUCUGCUGGAUGAGGAGGACGAAGAGGAGAUUGCGUCAGGUGGAAAGCAGCGACAGCGAUCAACAACAGCAGCAGCAACAGCAGCGAAUAGCAAACAAACAUCAGCUACGAAUAAUGGUGGCAGCGAUGAUAUUGCCAGCAGCGAGGUGGAAACCGAAACCGAGGUGGAUGCCAGCGAUACCGAUCUCGAGGGUGGCGGCGGACAUUCCUCGCUGCUGACCACGUCGCAGGAGAGUCUCCCCAAUGCCAGUUUCACAUCGGAGCCGCCGGAUCCGCGCGAGGACGAUGAGGAGCGUGAGGAACGCACCAAUUUCAAAACAGCCAGCGAACGAUCUGACAACCACAAACAGCAGCAGCAUUCGAUGCAGCCACAGUCACUUCCAAGGCGACAUCAUUCAGACAAACCUCGCAUGUCUGGACCGGGCAACGUGCGCUUCAACAGCAACAACAAUCCGAACAGCGGCAGCAACAAUCUGAACAACAACAACAAUGGCAACAACAAGCGAGGCGGAAUGGGAGGAGCGAGGCAUCACUUGCUGCGCAGUCCAGGUCCGCCGCAUAUGUUCAAUCCGCAGCGGAUGAUGGGCGGAGUCGGAGGAGGAGGGGGCGGGAUGUCGAUGUCCCGCUUCAUGCCACCUGGCCCAUAUGCACCACAACCUCCACCACAAUCGUCAAAUCCCUCACAACAACAACAGCAACAACAACAACAGCAGCAGCAACAACAACAACAGUCGCCAUACACAAGCAAUCAAACUGGUGGCGUGCCAUCAUCAGUGUCAGGUCCCAUCAGCUCCCCAUCCCCGCAUCUACACAAUCCGCACAUGUUGCACCCGCAUCACAACAAUCCACACAACAACAACAACAACGGGCCGCCAGGACAUCUCCUGCCGCAUCCGCAACAACAACAGCAGCAGCCACAUCCUCAACAACAUCCACAUGGGCAUCCGCAUGAUCAGGUGCGUGUUGGAUUGUUGCAACCCCCGCUACCGUUGCCCCUGCCUUUGGGCUAUGGCGCCGCAGCGGCUGCGUAUCGGAAUGGCGCCUUGCUGGGCCAGGGACCAGGUCCAGGGCAUGGUCAGCACCCGUCGCCAGUGACGCCGCAUUCGCCGGGCAUGCGUCCCCCGCCGCCAUAUCGCAAUGCCCCGCCCGGCUAUGGGCCACCGGUGGUGGGUCCUGGCCCUGGUCCCGGACCGGGACAGGGUCCGGGUCCCGGGGGUCCUGGUGGUGGUCCUGGCAUGCCACCGGGCUAUGAGCCGCAUCCGCAGUACAUGCGACCGCACAACGGUUGGCGACCGCAGCCGGGCGAGGUGCCCAACACACAGCGCAUGCCACGCCCACCGCUGCAGACGCUGCCUCAGCACAUGAUGCAAUCGGGUGGCGGCGUCGGAGGUUACAUGAAUGGCAUGAACAUGCGUGCCCCGCUGCCCCAGCACAUGCAGCAGCAGCAACAGGUGAAUCCUGGCGGUGCACAACAACAACAACAGCAGCAGCAAUCAGCGGGCGGAGCAGCGCAGGCAGCUGGACAACAGCAGGCGGCACAACAACAACAACAGCAACAGUCAGCGGGAGCACCUUCAACAGUUCCACGCGGCGUUGUGAGCAAGGUGCUCAUCAAUCCCAAUUUCAAGGGCGGCGUCGAGGCGGCCACCAACAAGUUCAUCAAGGAGACGCACUUUGUGCCCGCCAUCAACAGCGAGGCGGAGCUGCUGCGUCAGCAGGAGGAGUUCAUCAACAAGAAUCGCCAGUACUUUGAGAAGCGCACCCAGCGUCGUUCCCCCCUGCCGCCCAGCUCCUCCAAUUCGAAUGCACAAUCCUCCUCAUCCUCGUCGUCCACAGCUCAGUUGAGCGAACGGCGACGCAGUCGCAGUCGAAGCCGCUCUCGGGGACGCAGCUAUUCGCCCGUGAAGCGUGGCGAGCGAGAACGCGAUCGGGACCGGGAGAGGGAACGGGAUCGGGAGCGUGAACGCGACCGGGAGCGGGAGAGGGAGCGGGAAAGGGAGCGAGAACGUGAUCGGUAUGGCGGCGCAGGUGGAGCAGGAGCCACAACACGUCCAGCUGCGAAUCGUGGCUAUCGACGUGCGGCCAGCAGAGAGCGUGAUGAGAAUCGCAGCGGUGGAGCAUCAGGAGGAGGAGGCGGAGCAGGAGGCGGAGGUGCCGCAGCGCCAAAGCGACGUCGCAGCGGUUCACCGAGUGCAGCACGGAAUCCUUUCUCUGGCGAACCGCGCAAUCGCGCCGCCGAGAGCAGCGGAAGCGGAAGUCGAGUCAUGCCCAGCGAUGAGGACGAGGAGACGCGCGCCUAUCGCCUGGAGAUCGAGAAACAGAAGCAGCUGCGCGAGAAGAUAAUGCGCGACAAGGAGCUGAAACGGCGUCGCGCCGCCGAGGAGAAACUGCACGAGGAGAAGCGCGCCGAACAGCACAGCCCAGAUCCAGAGAAUGCAGUUGGAGGUGGAGGUGGAGGAGGAGGAUCGGCGCCUGGCAGCGCACAAAAACAGCAGCAGCAGCAACGUCCAGGAAUGGGCAAUGAGCGCAAAGUGAUCUCGCUGAAGCGACGCGACGACGAUGCACGCGGCGGAGGCGGAGGCGGUGGCAGACAACAGCAGCAGCAUCAACAGCAACAACAACAACAACAGUUGCAAUCGGGAGCUGGAGUUGGACGCAAGCAGCUGACGGCGGCAAAGAUUGCGCCCGAGGCGAAGCGAAGCAUCACCGAACACUUGGCGCCGUCCAGCAAGCAUCAUCAGCAAAUGUCGGGAAGAGCCGCAGGCGGCACACCGCCCACAAGCAGCAGCAGCAGUGGAGGAGCAGGAGGAGGAGCGGGAAGUGGCGGUGGCGGUGGUGUAAAGGGGCGAGACAUGGGCCUGUUGCGUUUGGGCACGCCCAGCGACGAUGAAGUGGAGCUGGACUACGAUGACGAUGAUCUGCUGCUGGACGAGGAGGAUCGUUUGCUGGCCACGCCCUCACCACCGCCCCCACAACCGCAAACGCAAUCGCGAGCCGCCAAACGCUCAGCGACACCCGAGUUGCUUGUGGUGAAGCGCAAUCACAAAAUCGUGCGAGGCGCUGGCUCCGCAUCAACAGUUGCUUCAGGCGGUGGCGGAGGAGGAGCUGCAGCCGGUGUCACUUUUGCGCCUGGCCAGCGACGUGUUGUCCUCAAGUCCACCAGCAAUGGCAGUGGAAGCAGCUCUGGAGGUGGCAACGACUUUUCACAUGGCAGGCAACGGGAUCGUCGUCAGCGUGAGGAGCAGUUGAUGCAGCGCAAGAGCAGCAGCAGUGGAGGAGGCGGUGGCGGAGCAGGUGGCAUUUUUGAUCGUUUGGAGAAGCGUCAGGCGAGCUCUGCAGGUGGCAGCGGAGGAGGAGGAGGAGGCAACAAGCAGCGCAGCAAAGCACCGGCGCGAAUUGUGUUAAAGCACGAUUAAAACAAACAAAAAAAAGUCAAGUUGUAAUCCUUAAGAGAUAUAUAUAUAUACAUAUAUAUAUAUAUAUAUAUAUAUAUAUAUAUAAACCAUAAUCAAGUAUAAAACUAAUCCGAGUGUAUUAUAAACUUAUGUAGAUGCAGCCCAGCUUUGGAGGCUUUGCUCGCCCUCCCCCCCCAAAAAAAAACAACAGACACAUUUAUAUUUAGUAGUAAUAAUAUCAAUCUAUAAUCUAUAUAUAUAUUAUGUUUUGACUAGUGUUAGGCUUAAGCAGUAAACAGAUUCAGAAAGCGAAGAAGUAGAAGGAGAACAGAUUUAGGAUUAAGCAGGACAAAUCUGUUUGAUUACAAUUCAAUAAUCUUAAGAUCUAAAUACAAAAUAUAUAUACAUAUAUAUAUUAUAUAACCACAUUUAUGAUUAUUUUAAGCUUUACAGUUAAGUGUACAAAACUAAAAACACACAAUUUAGCAGUAAGUCGCAUCUCUCUAAACUACACCCACACACACACACACAUAUAUAUAUAUAUAUAUAUAUAUAUUACUCGAUUCAUAUUAACUUUUUGAUAUACCCGCUAUCUAUAAGGUGAAAUAUUUUUGUAACUUGCCUGCGGCGAAUUUAUGUAACAGGCAAAUGCAGGCAACUCCGAUCCGUGUCCGUCUGUCUGGUAUAUUUUAGUAUUUUUACGGUAUAAGCAUAAUACCGCCCUGAGUAGCGGGUAUCUCAAAGUCGAGUACAUUCGAUUACAGCUUUUUUUUAGUUUUUUUUUUUUUUUCCAAAAUAUCUCAAAGAAUCGCAACUACCACAAACUUGUAUUUGUAUUUGUAGUUAACUUUAACUAGAACUAUUCAAGUAUAUAUAUAUCUUUAUAUUAAUGUGAAGGCGCUUUAAGCGUCUCUCAACACACACACACACACACAUGCUUGACUCUUUAGUUGCAUGCACAUGAAUUAAACGUAACCAUAAGAUUACUAUAUAAAAAUAAUAUCUACAUAACAAUUACCGUAUAUAUGUAUAUUGAGAUAUAUAAAUCUAGUCUUAAGAGUCGCGUAUUGAUUUCGAUUUUGACUAGACGCAACAGGCGAAUAUUAUUACCACAUAAAUUUUUGUUUAGUUUUUCUUUCCCCAAUUUUAUUUUAUUUUUUUCGGAUAAAUUCAAUUACGCAAGAAAUGUCGAAUUGUGUUUUUUAAAAGUGUUACAAAAAAAAAAACUUACAUUAUUGUGUCCGUCUAUAUGUUCAAAUCCUCCACAAUUUUUUGUGUUUUUUUGUUUGUGGCCUACCUAAACAAAAGAAAAUUAAAACAAAAAAAAACUAACUAACGUAAAGAAAAAAGAAAAGAAAAAAAAUAUAUGUGUCUUCUGAUGGGAAACACAAAGAAGCAAUACCAUAAUGGCCUGUUAAACGAUAGCAAAUAAUCCCCAAAUAGAACAGCAAAUAAACGCAGUUUCUUUCCCAGAAUAUAUCCAAAAAAACAAAAGAAAUAUCUAGAUUGUAGUAUUAACUGUACAUAUACUACAGACAUACAUACAUAUAAAAAAAUAUAGUGAGACAUCUACUUAUAUAUAUAUGAAUAUAUUUAUAGAUAUAAUACUUAUCAAGCCAUAAACAAAAUUACACAUUACAAUAGUUCAUAUAGGACCAUUUUGACAACAACAACAAACAACAAAAGAAACUUAAAUUAAAACACAGAUUUAUUUAUACAAUAAUUGUAAUACGCAAACAAAACUUACAUUAAUCCAGAGUUUUAGCUUGUAACGAGAGAUUUAAGUAGAGGAAAAGCGAGAAAGAAAAAAAGAAAACAGAAACUAUGAGAAGAAAUCCCAAAUUUGAUAAGAAGAGAAAUGUUUGUAUGCUUUUUUUUUUAAGUUAAGCAACGUUGAUGUCGUUGAUGUUCAGAUACUUCUACACACGUAUAUAAAUCUUAAAUAUGGUAUACAAAUAUCAUAUAUAUAUAUAUAUAUAAAUAUCUAUUAAUUAUGGACUAAUAAAAACGAAAGUAUAUUGCAUAUAUAUAUAAUAUACCUAUUAACUACAACAAUCAUUGUACUGUAUAUAAAUCGACUUAACAACAAAACAAAAAAAAAAUGCGAAACAAGAAACCUAAAAUAAUAGUAACGAGUAAACACACAAAGUAACGAGUGACGAGAACAAACGCGUUUGCUCGUUGCAACAACAACAACAAGAACAACAUCCAAAACGAGUCUGUGAUUAAUUUUUAUAUUUCGAAUUAUGAAUUAUGCAUUAUGUUCACCACGAUUAUGAUUAUGAUUACAAAAAACUUAGCAUCCAUUUGCCUCUUAGUUAUAAUUGUUUCCCCCCUCAACACACACAAACACACAAUUACUUUUAUUAUUUGAUAAGUCAAACAACUGCAGUUAGUUACUAAGCACCUCAACACACACACACACACACGCAUAUUUUCCCUAUCUAUAUACGAUAUGAUAUAUUAUGUGUUGUUCCAUAGUUGAAAACUUUCCAAGUGCACACAUAAAUGUGAUAUGACAAACAAACAACAAAAAAAAGAACGAAAAGAAAAAAACGUUAAGAAGAAUUAAGCAAAGCAAAUCUAGUUGAUAUUAUGUGUAAGUAGAACUAAUAAUUUAUUAAUUUUGUCGACUUUAGUUUUUGUGUUGGCAACAUGCAACAUAACCUCACUUCGACUAUUGUAAAUCAGACAACCCGUGUUUAUCUUAUUUUUUUAAUUGUAUUCAAUUCUCGAUUUCGUUUUCGAUUUGUUUUUGCUUCUUUCCCCUUGCCUAUAUGUGUAUAAGAGAACAACAAACUGAUAUUCGAUUCGAUAUUUAUAAUUUAAGCAUAUUAACUAUAUAUAUAUUCAUACUCAAUAUAGAUUUACUCUAUAUAUAUAUAUAUUUGAAGUCUACGAGCUAUGUAGAUGCUAGUCUAGCCUUAUAACGAUUUAUUUAAUUUUUGUUAUCUUUUGUAACUUGCAUUUCUUUUACAUUUGAUGUAUCAUCCUCUCCUCUCCUCCCCUUUCCCCUUAAUUCCUUUCCCCCCUCAUUUGACUAUCUUAAUUGUACGUAACUUUAACCUAGAAAUUAAACAGAGAAAAUUAAGAUAGCAGCAGCUUUGCGUCUCUUUCGCACUGCUGGCUGUUGUCGUUGGCCUCUAUCGCUUAGCCACUCUCUUCUAUGUGACUAUCUAUCUAUCUCUUUCGCAAUCGCGCAGCUGCCAUUAAGUUAAUUUUAGUGUAUUUCUACUAUUACAACAACUAGAACAACAACAACAACAUCCCCCGUCUAAAUUUUCUUUCAGCACAAAAUUCUGUACAAAAUGCCAUGAUGAAAAAAUGAAUAACAAACGUACAAAAAGAAAAGACAAAAACUAAAAAAAAAAAAAACGAAACCAAAAAAGAUAUUGCAAAUGAAAGAAAAGUUAAUUAGCUAAAGAAAAGAAGAAAAAAAAAACAAAAUAUACUACUAUCAAUAACUUAC